CAUCGCAUCCUCCACAACCUAAGCAAUCAAUUGGAGGUUGCGCAUAUAACUGUCCUCGAACAAAUCGCAUGAAUCCAUCGAGAGGCGCGCGGCGGGCUAGAUGACGGAGAUUAUAAAUUCUGCUCCACCUCACCGCUUUUGAAGGCGCUGGAUUGGGUAAUUGUAAACAGCACGAGGAGGACGGGAGCUUUGGAUUUUUUUGAGAUCUAACGCACAGAAUGGCAAAUACUAAGAAGCCUCUCGGGAUUGAUAUUGCGAAUGCGAAGAGUCUUUUUGAUUUUCUCAAGGAUUAUUUACCAAUUGACACCCCAUGGACGUCUUUCACCCACCCCGCAACUAAGGAGAAAUAUACGAUUGAGCUCCAAAAUUCAUCCAAUCUCACCCGCGAUGAACUCACGACUUGCUUUUCCCUGGUAGAAGAAAGCAGCAAGGGGGAUUACUCCGCCAGCAAGCAAGGAUGGAAACCCGCCGCCAAACGGCGAGAGAUGCGCCUACUCGAGUUGAAAUACCUCCUUGUUCGCAGUACCAAACCUCGUGAUGGGGAGGAAACGGGAAAGCCAGGAGAUAUCGAAGCAUUCGUUAGUUUCAUGCCCACGAUUGAAGAUGAUCAGGAAGUUCUCUACGUUUAUGAGAUUCACCUUGCCCCCUCGCUGAGGCGGUCUGGGCUGGGUAGGAGGCUUAUGGGGGUUGUGGAGAGCGUGGCAAGGAGGAUUGGGGUGGAGAAGGUUAUGUUGACUUGUUUUACGAGGAAUAAGGUGGCUAAGGGGUUUUAUGAGGGGAUUGGUUAUGGGAAGGAUGAGUUUAGCCCGCUGCCGAGGGUGUUGAGGGAUGGGAGGGAGGUGGAGGAGGCCUAUGUUAUAUUGAGUAAGAGGGUUGGAGGAGUUGAAUAAUACUCUCGGAGCUGGAGCUGGAGCUUUCGAUGCUGGGGAGAGACAUGCACAGUGGAGGAUAUCCAGAUGGCAAUAUACAUUUUUUCUCGAUUUGGACUUCUCGACAC